GAAUACUCGUGGACUCCGAUCACAGCUAAAGGACAGUGUACCGGUGACGGGCAUGGGUCCACAGGUUGGGGCUUAUGGCGUUCAGGACACACUCAGGAGCGGGUGAGAGAACAGUCUCUGCUGGUCACUCAUUCAACUCAAAGUAUAUAACAGUUUGUGAGACAUAACUGACAUUUGAACUCUUCCCUCUCUCAGGUUCAGCAGUGUGAAAAAUGAGCUGCUCCCCAGCCAUGCGUUGGAGCUGUCAGAAAAGAAUGUGAGUGACACAAGACGCUGUUGUUCUGAGCUAAAGGCAUAUGUUCUGGAAGUUAAAACAAGUCUUCAGGUCUCAUACAACUUCUUUCUUCUAACCACUUCUGCUACUUUAGCUCCAACAUUGCAUUUUGUCCUCCCCUUGCAGUUUCAGCUGAACCAGGACAAGAUGAACUUCUCCACCCUCAGAAACAUCCAGGGCCUCCACGCUCCCCUGAAACUACAGAUGGAGUACAGGGCAGCCAGACAGGUAGACGCAUGUCUCUCUGAUCUUCAUUGAAAACAAAGAAUAGUGUCGGAGAAAAUGCAAUAAGCAACUUUCCCACUUAUCCCUUAUCUCUCUCCCUUCUCAGAUCCAGCGCCUUCCUUUCCUGCAGAGCUCACACCUGGCCCUGGACACUCUCAAAGGGAAUGAUGAGAGCAUCAGCUUUGAGGACAUCCUCAAUGGUAAGAGACACUGUAUACAGAGGAGACAACAGCAGAAAGAACACAGUUGAAGUUAAACUAAUGUGAACUGAGCACUAUUUUGUGUCCAUCUCCCUGCAGACCCAGCCCAAAGUGAGAUGGUGGGUGAGCCCCACAUCAUGGUGGAGUAUAAGCUGGGCCUGAUGUGAGAGCCAUCAGACCCCAGGAUGUUUGUGUUUACCCUCUGUUCACUUCCUCAUGAGACAGCACUCAAGACUUUCGUAUUGUUGGAUUCCUUUGUUUCUAAUAAAUCCUAUAACUCAACCGUGUUGUUGCUGUAUUAC